ACUGUACUGUGGUCUGCUUUGUCAGGUUAUCAACCAGUGGAGUGAUGUCAUCCUGCAUCAUCAGAGCUGCAUGGACCCAUGUGAGGAAAUCAAAUAUUGGUCACUGAUAUCAAGUCAUUCAGUGCUUUAUAUAGUCUUAUCACAAUGUCCUGUGGUUGGACUGCUUUGAGACAUAGUCAUUGUUACUGUGGUAAGACAUCGGACCAACUCCAUUCUCCUUGUUCUGUUGUAUCAGACAUUUCAGUGUAGCUUGCUUUUUAGCUCAUAAAAACUUCAAAAAUCAGACAGAUCCCCUUCCUACCGGCUCUGACAAACCAGGUCAGCCUCUAAGAACAAGCACUGACAAACACUGUCAGCUGUGUCACCUCGUGUCACCUCUUUAAAGUUGAACCUCAACACUCUGCAGAGUCUACAGGCAACACUUCACCAACAGUCUGCAGGUGCAUGACACCUCUGAAGCACAGCUGUUGUUGAGAAACUGCAUUUGAACUUCAGUGUUUGUUUAUAUGCUGGAGAUGAAGAGAUGCCGUCCAAAACCCUCCCAUUGACACUAGAGCUGAACAAUUAUAUGACAUGAUAUUGAAAUCUCAAUAUGGCCUAAUGCAAUGUUCAAAUAGUAGGAGGCACAGUAUUUGUUUAAAGGUGUUCUGCAGUUAUUCUACAGACUGAAGAAAACAUCUUUGUUUGAUACAGAUUCCUGCAUAAAUCAUACAAUAAUCAUUUUAAUGUUUUUUUCUAUGAAAAUGAGAAUGAUGUAAAAAUGAUCAUGCCCUCUAAUAUUGCAAAUUAUAUCUCAAUUGUAAUAUCAGUCAAAAUAAUCACAAUUAGAUAUUUUUUUCCAAAUCAUUCAGCUCUAAUUGACACUCUUCUUCACUCAAAACUAUCAUUUUGCUGUUGCUAAGAGACCAGAAAAACCUCCAGGUGGCUGCCAAUACAGUCAGCAAAAGUGUCAAAAGUAAAUAUACUGUAUACACGCGCUGUAAACACACUUUGUACCACACAACUUUUAGUACCAGUUAGCUACAAAAUGACACUGUCUCCUAACUAUAAGACAAUAUAUGUGUGUGUGUAUGUAUUUACCUUUGAAAUCCAAUGUACCCUUGCACCAGGCCCAGGUGGAUGUGCCUCUUGAAUGACAUCACUGUUUGUGUGUGUGUGUCUCCACAGUCGUAAUCUUCUGUCCAGUUUACCCCCGUCAGUGUUUCAGCUUCCCCUCCUGCGAGUGCUCAUCGUCAGCAACAACAAGCUGUCUUCACUGCCCGCCUCCAUAUCCUCCCUCACACACCUCCGACAGCUGGAUGUAAGCUGUAAUGAGCUGCAGCGUUUGCCUGCAGAACUCGGCCAGUUAGAGUGUCUGAGGGACUUAAACCUGAGGAGAAACCAGCUUACCACGUUGCCUGAAGAAAUCUCCGAGCUCCCUCUAGUCCGCCUCGAUGUGUCCUGCAAUCGGAUUUCCCAUGUGCCCUUGUGCUACCGCCACCUCCGGCAUCUCCAGAGCAUCUCGCUGGACAACAACCCACUGCAAAUGCCGCCUGCGCAGAUCUGCUCCAAGGGCAAAUACCACAUCUUCAAGUACCUCAACAUGGAGGCCUGCAAGAGGAGCCAGGACGAGCUGGAGAGACACCUGAGACCCACCGGCUUCAACAGCUGUCUGUCGGACCAGGAGCUGUUCACAGGUCAGUUCGGAGGGCUGGACUCUGGUUUCAACAGUGUAGACAGCGGCAGUAAACGAUGGUCUGGGAAUGAGUCAGCAGAUGACUUCUCAGAGCGUUCUCUUCGCAUGGCUGAGGUCAGCAGAGACCAGAGGAACCUGGAGGAGGAGGAAGAGGAGGAUGGAUCUCCUCUGGAAGCUAACAAAGUGAAUGGAGAGGCUGAGCAGGUGGACUUCAUUGACAGCAGUGUGACAGAGGAAGAGGAGGAGGAUCCACACACACCUACCCUCACAGCACCUCCUCUGGAGCAGAAAGAGAGAUCUUCGCCCUCCCAAACCCAGGACCCACCAGUAUGCCGGUCCACGCUCCAUGUGGAGGUGGCUCCCCCUUCAUCAGCCUCGUCGUCUCCGCUGUCCCCCUCCAGCCCCACCCUGGAGGAGCGCAAGAGGCCGGGCACCCUGUCAAUCUGGCAGGAGAGAGAACGUCUGCAGCAGCAGAGAGAGAAGACCAGUUUUCUGAAGUCAUCGACCAAAACAGGAAGUCAUGUGGCCUCUGCACCACAGACAGGAAGUAGCUCAGGUGGUGCAUCACCAGAGAACAGUAACUCCCACUGUGGCCUGCGGCAGAGAUGUGCAAGUGCUGAUCAGAUGAGCGUUGUGCCUCCUUCAACAUUCCUGCACCGCUCCAGCAGCAGAACAGAUGUCCCGUCCUCCCCAAAGACGUCCCCUCCACCUGGUCAGGCCAACCAGAGACCCAACAGUUUCCUAUUCCGGGCCUCCUCCCGUAGCAACGUCAAGCCUGCAGUUUUCACUCUAGGUGAGUCUGGCAGAAGUGAGUCUCGCACGACGCUGCGUUCUCCUAAAGAGGAAAGACCAGACAUCAUGCAGCUACGCAAGACUCUGGAGUCUCGGCUGAAGAUCACUCUACCAGAGGAUCUGGGUGAGGCUUUAUGCAACGGCACCAUCCUCUGCCAGCUGGUCAAUCAGAUUCGACCGCGCACCGUGUCAAUUAUCCACAUUCCCUCCCCAGCAGUGCCAAAACUGAGCGUAUCAAAGUGUCGACUCAACGUGGAAAACUUCAUUGCUGCUUGUCGCAAGCUGGGAGUCCCUGAGACGGACGUGUGUGUGUGCUCUGAUGUGCUUCUGUGUAAGCUACCCGCUGUGCUGCGCUGCGUGACAGCCCUUCUGGCCGUGGAGUGGGGGGACACGGCGGAGGAAAAGUCCCCCCGCCACUCCUCACCUUCGUCUUCAUCGUCCUUCUCCUCGCUGCUGUCCACAGAUUUCCUGCUCUUCUACUGUGUGGCCAUGGCCCUGCUCUACGUCCUCUACUGCUACCUGCUCACCUAGAGGAGCAGCACGCAACACACA